UAGUUUGCCGUUAAGGAAGCAAAUUCCAAAUAAAAUAUCGGCGCGCGGGGUUGGGUUCUCCUUUCAGCAUGUACUUUAUUUGAUUCUGUUUCUCACUUCCUUCGUCUUCUUCUUCAGUUCCUUCUCUUUUAAGUCCGAGGCUGAGAGUUUCAGAUUGGGAGGCUACGACUUUCCCGCGUUUUCUCGGAUAGUUUCGUUUGGGUUGGGAGCUGCUAUUAUUAUUAUUAGCAAUGGGAGUUCCAGCUUUUUAUCGCUGGUUAGCCGAGAAGUUUCCGCUAGUGGUGGUCGAUGUGAUCGAAGAAGAGCCAGUCGUAAUCGAGGGAGUUUCGAUUCCGGUUGACACCAGUAAGCCUAAUCCUAAUGGCCUCGAAUUCGAUAAUCUCUAUCUCGACAUGAAUGGAAUCAUUCAUCCUUGUUUUCAUCCCGAAGAUAGGCCUUCCCCAACAACUUUUGAUGAGGUAUUUCAAUGCAUGUUUGACUACAUUGACAGGCUUUUUGUGAUGGUGCGUCCCCGAAAGCUUCUGUACAUGGCAAUUGAUGGCGUUGCCCCUCGUGCAAAAAUGAAUCAACAAAGAAGUAGACGUUUCAGAGCUGCUAAAGAUGCAACAGAUGCGGCAGCUGAAGAAGAACGCCUGCGUGAGGAGUUUGAAAGGGAGGGGAGAAAGCUUCCUCCUAAAUCAGAAUCACAAGUUUUUGAUUCUAAUGUUAUCACUCCUGGAACUGAAUUUAUGGCUGUAUUGUCAAUUGCAUUGCAGUACUAUGUCCAUCUUAGAUUAAACAAUGACCCUGGGUGGAAAGAUGUUAAGGUUCUUCUUUCUGAUGCAAAUGUUCCGGGUGAAGGCGAACAUAAGAUUAUGUCGUACAUUCGUCUUCAAAGAAAUCUUCCUGGGCAUGAUCCAAAUACACGCCAUUGCCUGUAUGGUUUGGAUGCUGAUCUAAUUAUGCUGGGUUUGGCUACUCAUGAAAUCCAUUUUUCAAUACUGCGAGAGAUUGUUUUCACCCCUGGACAGCAAGACAAAUGCUUCAUGUGCGGUCAGAUGGGUCAUUUAGCAGCAAAUUGUGAGGGAAAGGCAAAGAGAAAAGCUGGAGAGUUUGAUGAGAAAGGUGAUAAAAGUGUUGUCAAGAAACCGUAUCAGUUUCUCAAUAUUUGGACUCUUAGAGAAUAUUUGGAAUACGAGCUGAGAAUUCCUAAUCCUCCAUUUGAGACUGAUUUGGAGCGCAUUGUGGAUGAUUUUAUAUUUAUGUGUUUCUUUGUGGGGAAUGAUUUCUUACCACACAUGCCCACACUUGAGAUCCGUGAGGGAGCAAUCAACCUUCUUUUGGCAGUUUACAAGAAGGAAUUUAGGGCAAUGGGUGGAUAUUUGACCGACUCAAGUAAGCCUAAUUUAGACCGUGUGGAGCAUUUCAUUCAGGCAAUUGGAUCUUAUGAAGAUAAAAUAUUCCAGAAAAGAGCCCGAUUGCAUCAGCGACAAGCAGAUAGAAUAAAGCGUGAAAAGGGACAAUUAAGAAGAGGAGAUGAUGCACAACCUCAGGUUCAACCUGAAUCUCUUGUUCCAGUUUCUCGGUUUCAUGGUUCUCGUCUUGCUUCAGGUGCUUCACCUUCUCCAUAUCAACAAUCAGGAUCUGGAGACACCACAACUGGCUUAUCUGAGCUUGCAGUUAGGAGCAGACAGGCCAUGGAAUCAAGUGGAAAAGGAAAUUCAAGUGCAGGUAAAGUUGCUCGUUCAUCUUCUUCUGCGACUGUUGGUGCUGCCAUCGUUGAAGCUGAGAACAAUGUUGAACCAGAGGAAAAAGAAAAUAAAGAAGAAUUGAAAGCGAAGCUCAAGGAGAUAAUUCGUGGGAAGUCUGAUGCUUUUAACUCAGAAAAUCCUGAAGAAGACAAGGUUAAAUUGGGGGUGCCAGGUUGGAAAGAAAGAUAUUAUGAAGAAAAGUUUUCUGCAAAAUCUCCUGAGGAACGGGAGGCAAUACGGAAAGAUGUUGUUUUGAAAUACACGGAAGGCCUGUGUUGGGUUAUGCACUACUACUAUGAAGGGGUUAGUUCCUGGCAGUGGUUUUAUCCAUAUCACUACGCACCAUUUGCUUCUGAUCUUAAGGAUCUCAGUCAGCUGAGCAUAAAGUUUGAAUUGGGUUCUCCCUUCAAACCAUUUAAUCAGCUUUUGGGAGUUUUUCCAGCUGCAAGCUCUCAUGCUCUUCCAGAGCCAUACAGAAAAUUGAUGACUGAUCCAAACUCACCUAUCAUUGAUUUUUAUCCUACUGAUUUUGAAGUGGAUAUGAAUGGGAAGAGAUUUUCUUGGCAGGGUAUUGCAAAACUGCCUUUCAUUGAAGAAGCACGACUUCUUUCCGAGGUUGAAAAAAUUGAACAUACAUUGACGGCAGAGGAAGUCCGGAGAAACAGCACUAUGUUUGACAUGCUCUUCGUGGCAUCAUCUCAUCCUCUUUCUGUGUCUAUAUACUCUCUUGACAAUCGAUGUAAGCAAUUGUCAAACAGUGGAAGAGCCGAUAUUAAGGAAAAAAUUGAUCCCAAAAAUAGGGCUGCCUGCAGUGAAGGGAUGAAUGGAUAUCUAUCUCCAUGUGGUGGAGAACCUUGUCCGCCUGUUUUUCGGUCUCCUGUAUUGGGCCUGGAAGAUAUCAUGGAUAACCAAGUCAUAUGUGCAAUAUACAGACUUCCUGAUCCGCAUAAGCACAUAACCCGACCACCUGCAGGUGUUACAUUUCCAAAGAAGAUUGUUUCGUUGGGAGAUCUCAAACCUGAACCUGUGUUAUGGCAUGAAGAUUCUGGGAGAAGGGGUCCGGAUAAUGGAAGGUAUAAUAACCAUCCUGGAACCUAUUCUGGACGACAACUAGGAGAAGCAGCUCAUCGGCUCGUUUCUAAUAGCAUACAGAGAAAGGCAGACCACAAUGGAUAUGGCAAUCAUGGUCGCUCCCCAUCUCAUGCUGGGGCUCAGCACCAUACGCCACAGCCUUCCUACGGGACUCACAGGUUCCAUGAUCAGGGACAUCCUAGAAUGCCAACACGAGCUGUUCACCAUCCUGAAGGUCAAUACCAAUCAUCAAACCGAAGUAGUCAUCACAGUGAUCAUCAUUCCAAUGAUCGGCGCUUUUAUAGUGAUCGACACACAUCAUCAGGUAGUCGCCUUCCCAACAAUGGGUCCCAAUCUCUAUAUUAUGAGAGAAAUAACCGCAUGGCUCCUCAGCAUUCAACAAAUUCUAGCCACGUACGGUACCAAUCAGGGACUCCCCAUAUCGUUGGUCCCAUGUACCCUGAUGGACCUACGACACUAACUCCACCUGGGUUCGUUGGUUCCAACCAGUAUCAGAACUACCAAUCAGUUGGAGCGACAGGCCAUCAACAGCAAUGGACGGCUAGUGGUGGUGGUGGCAGUGGUGGUGGUUGGGUUUCACCGCCACAGUCUGACCCUAUCGUUUCUAGGGGGUACAGUCAGCCACACCAAUCAGGUAAUCCUUACUUGGCAUUGGACCGGAGAGCAAAUAAGAGACCUCCCCCACCUGCACAUGGGUAUGGCCGCAAUUAGAGUUUGUCUUUAUUUUCACAAUGUAGUUUCCUGAUAGUAAGGUUGUACGACAGUCAUUCUUGUUUGGAUAAUUUAUUUUAUCUUUUUCUUUGAUUACUAGAAUGUUGCUUUUGUUGUCAUAGUGUAAUUUUAUAGCUAAAAUCCCAUAAUACAUGGGGAGCGAAUUAUGUAGCUUUAUGAGAGAACUCAUUUUAUUGGUUGAUUUAUUUAUCUUCCAGAUUUUGUAAUAAUUGAAAUGAAUUCAAUUAGAAUUAUAUCAAUUUUAGGUAUUUCAGGCUGUUCUUUUGUUA